UUGACCCUCUUCUUCUUCUCGGCGAGACGAACCGGACCGCCUGCGGUGACCUGCGCCAUCCCUCCUUUGUCUGCCGAGGACAGCGGACACACACCGGCCCCACUCCGCCAGCAACGCCUCCCAUCCUCCCCCCACGCUUUCAACCCGUUCCACGCCAAAGCCACCGAACCGGCCAAAGCCCUGGCUGAUAAUCCGACCGCGGCAGUUUGCUGUGGAGACGAGCGACAACUGACGAGAACACCCCCCGAGUCCGCCACGGAAUCUAGUCCGGCAGAGAAGAAAAUCAAAAUGGAAGACUCGAAGUACCUCCCGGAGCUCCUGGCCGAGAAGGACAGUUUGGAUUCUUCCUUCACGCACGCCAUGAAGCUCAUCACUGCAGAGAUCGAAAGGAUCCAGAAAGGUGACACUAAAAAGGAGCCAGAGAAGGAGGCCUACCUGGACCUGUUUGCCACCAAGAGUCUGAAACUCAAGGAGCGAGUCCUUAUUCCUACCAAACAGUAUCCCAGGGUCAACUUUGUUGGAAAGCUCCUGGGGCCCCAGGGCAGCACAAUCAAGAGACUCCAGGAGGAGACCGGGGCCAAGAUCUCUGUUCUGGGGAAGGGCUCUAUGAGGGACAAAAACAAGGAGGAAGAGCUCAGAAAAAGUGGGGAGGCGAAAUACGCUCACCUGGCCAUGGAGCUGCACGUGUUUAUUGAGGUCACGGCCCCCAUACCGGAGGCGUACCUGCGAAUGGCUCAUGCCAUGGACGAGGUCAAGAAGUUUCUCAUCCCAGAGCCCGGUGAGCAAGAUCCAUACAUGGAUCCCCACUUCCUGAAUGGUUCCCAGGACGGCUCGGGCAGGGGUCGGGGGGGUCUCGGAAGGGGAAGAGGUGGACCACCUGGUGCUGGACCAAGGGGGCGAGGGAUGCCUCGCGGGAGCCUCAGAGGAGCCAUGCGGGGUGGAGCUCCGCGCGGAGGCCCCGGGCGGGGCAGCGCCCCCAGAGGGGCGCCGUCCGGCAGGGGCGGGCUCCCCUCGGCCCAAUCCAGGGGGGGCUCGGCCGUCCGCUCCAGGCCGCCCACAGCCGGGGCCCCGAGGAUGCUGCCCUCCGCAGCCAUGUCCCACCAGCAGCACCAGGUUCCCCCUUCUGGGUCGCAGGGUCCCAAGCCGGAUGCCUACGAUGAAUAUUCUUCGUAUGACGAACCUUACGCAGAGCCCGCCUAUGAAGGAUAUGAUAGUUAUUAUAGUCAGCAGUCUGCCCCAGCGGAUACGGAAUAUUACGAUUAUGGACACGGUGAGGCGCAGGACACGGCGUAUGAGCCUUAUGCUCAAGAAGAUUGGGACAACUCGUGGUCCGGCUCAGGGGCAGGAGGCAAAGCCCCCCCAUCCCGGCAGGCGAAGGGGUCAUAUAGAGAGCACCCGUAUGGAAGAUACUGAACGGCUACUGGUAGAGAGUUGCUAUGGCAACUGUCUCCAAUUGUAACUGGCUAAACUUUUCAAAAGUAAUUUCCCUCUUGUUUUUUCCCCCCCUUUUUUAUGGUUUAAAUUUAGUUUUUUGUUUUAAAAGUCGUUAGAGGGUUUUUGUUGGAUGUAUCAGCCUGCCGGAGGAGAGACAUGAACGCAGUAAUUUUUUAUUUUAUUGUUGAUCUGUUUCCAUUUAAUGUUUCAGUUGCGUAGUGAAGUCCAAGAGGCAUAAACCAGGAACAAGAAUGACAUUUUAGUGUUAUUUGAUGGCUAUUUCAGUUUAUGGGUUCUUAAACUGUGAUUGUGGCGAUAAACUUUUAUCACCUAGGCUGCAUUUUCAAAAGUCCUUCUUGACAGGGCAAAAACUAUUAAUAAUUAAUGUUAGUUUCCUAUAACUAAAGCGCAUUUAGAUACAAAUGCAAAUAUAGCCUUGAAAUAAUUUUGAUUAGCAUCAAAAGUCUUGUGUUGUAUGGAUUACAGAUUCUAAAAUAUUGUAAAAGUAAAAAUAAAAAAAAGUCAAAGAACACAGGCUUCUAUUUUUUGCCCUUUUCUAAUUGGCACGUAAAAUGUCGUCCUGUACUGAGCUAAAUGAUCACUGAUCGAGCAGUUCCUGUAAAAGUUUUGAAGGAUUACCGAUCCUUGCUGUGUGUGAGGAAGGCUGCAGCCAACUCAAUAUUUUGUACAUAACUUUAGGAAAACUGUGUAUGCUUUAAGUCGUGCCGUCUCCAAAAUGCAUUAUGCUUGUGUACCUUUUGACUAAAUAGGAUACUAAACAUAUCCCAAAAUGUUUUUCUGCAGUGCGUGUUUCAAUAAAGUUUCUAGUUUCUUUUUAAUCAAUCUAAACUUGGUAUUUUGCCUUUGUUGUACCAAAGGAAUGCCUUCAGUUUGUGAUCCCAGCAAUGCUGAAUAAUCUGUAUGUAUACACGUCAAAAUCCCCAAAAACAGUGUUUUGCCAGUGAGCUUAUCCUCUUAGUCUGUCUUCAAAACUAAAUGACGUUUGUAAUGCCACCAUCAAAACACAAAAUAAAGCUCAUCAUUCCUUGAGGUAAUGUGCUGCCAAAUCCAUGUUUGACUUGACAGUGAUACAGUGCUUUAACGUGUAUUGUCAUUAACCUUUAGCUAGUGUAUCUCUUCAAGCUCUCAAGAGAGCAGCGUAUCUUCAGCCACUUGAAAUGACUGAAUUUCAACAGUAUUUCAAAUCAAGCUUGCAGGGAUCUUACUUGACUUUGAUGCAAAGUCAUGCUGGCUGGUUUUUAUAAAAGAAAAAAAUCGCUGAGGAGAGGAUUCUAAAAGCCUAAAGAUCGCCACAAGAAGGUAAAACUAACCCAACACUCAUUUAUUAGAUUUUUUUAUUUGAUUUAUUUUUAUUUGUUUAAUGUGCAAAACAUCAAGUAAUGCAAGUCAUCCAAAACAUCAAAACCAUUGAAGUACAAAAGAUGCUGUCUGUAGUUAUUCCGAGCAAAACAAGCCGCAUAAAACAAUCAUGGUUGUGAUGCAACUCUGGCUCAAAUAAAACAAAUAAUUGUUAAUUUCACUCAAUACUUCCAUCUUAUGUCUGUAGACUGUAGAUGAAUGAAAAUGAAGUAGCUGCACUCUAAGCCUUAAAACACUCCAUUGAUGGACCAAAACCCUUCAGCUUGAGUUGCAUGAUACUUUUGUAGCGUAGCUCUUCUUUUUGUUCUGCAUGUGUUGCUCGUUGUGUUGCUCAGAGGCCUUCGUGUCUCCACGCCCUCAUUUCUUUUUCUCCUCGCAGGUGGUCAGGACUGCGUAUGAGCAG